CGCCAAACACCGUUGAGCCAAUCUUCGUGUCUGGCUUAUAACCGUUGAUGUUGAAAGCUUGUGCGGUUCAACACUGGCGUGAACGAUAUCAACGUGUCAAAUCGACCUUGAAUCCCGAGGCCCAGCGCCCGAGUACGGCGCAUCUUCACGUCAUGCUGAUUGAUCACAGUGCAGCUCCCGAGCCGAAGCCGGCAGCAUGACCAGUGCACCACUGCGGCCGGGCCGGAUGCAGGGGCCGAAUAGCUUAUCUGAAUGGGUCACCACUUACACCACCGUCAUCAGGUCUCUUUCCACUCAUUCAUCCCUCAACUAUCACCGGACCCUCGAUGGCUACCUCGGCGGGUGGCAAAUGGCCAAUGGUGAUAUCCUCGAUGGUCCCCAAAAAUGCAGGUGA